AUGAUUCAAUUGCAUGUAUGGGGAUAUCAAGAUGAAGUCAGUAUAAUAUCACCUCAUUGCAUAGCGACAACUUGGCUACUAAACUUGGUUUUAACUCCGUUAAACGUCCCAUUUAAGAUUAUAACUUCAAAUAAUACAAAAUUAUCAGAAUUAAAUCAAUUACCAGUGCUAAUAAUAUCUGAAGAUGAGAAAUAUGAUGGAUAUUAUAGUAUAGCCAAAUAUCUAGUCAAAACAUAUAAUCCUUCAAAUUUAUAUAUUACAUCGGAUUUUAAAGAAAAUUUAUUAAAUAUAAGUAUAAUAAAUUAUUUAGAAACAAGAUUUGAAUAUAUAAAUCUUUAUAAUUUAUGUUCCAAUAAACAAAAUUAUGAAAAUUAUACAAGAAAAUUAUUUACCAAAUAUUUUAAAUUUCCAUGGAUGUAUAAUCAAUCUUUAAAAUUUUAUAAUGAAUCAAUUGAAAAAAUUAAAAUUUUGGGAUUAAAUUCAAAAAAUUCAAAUAAUUUUUUUAAAUUUGAUAAAGAAAAUGAUAAUGAAGUAAUUGCUGAAACUGAAACUUUCAAUGAUGAUGAUAAUGAAUUAAUUGUGGAGAAAGAGGAAGAAGAAGGGAUUAAGCCAAUAAGUGGUUUACAUGAAAAGAGUUUAUUACAAAAAUCAAAGACCAAACAAAUACUAAAAGAAUCAAAAGCUUCGAUGAGAUUUUUGUUAUUACUUGAAAAAUAUUUAAAACAAUUACAGAGUUUAAAGAAGGAAAAAUCAGACCAACAAUUUUUCUUUGAUGAGGAUUUGCCUUCUCCUAGUGAUAUUUUAUUUUCAGCAUAUUUAUAUUGUUUGACAUAUGAAGAUCUACCUGAUAAAUUUAUCAAGAAUUAUCUUGUGCAAGUUGACGGCUUGAACGUGUCAGACUUUAAAAAGGUUGGUCAACCAUCAACACAAACAUUGGACAUAUCUAAUAAAGAAUAA